UUCUCCUAAUACGAAUAAGGUCAAGUAUCCAUUUUGGUAUGGGGGUGCUGCAAGUAUGAUAGCAUGCUUGGUAACGCAUCCAUUGGACCUUGCUAAAGUCCGUUUGCAGACAGCCACUAUUCCAGGACAAUCUUUAAUAUCUAUGAUUUACCAAAUUAUAAGCAAGGAAGGAUUUUUCAAAAUCUACUCCGGUUUGACCGCUUCCCUAUUAAGGCAGGCAACAUAUUCAACUACUAGAUUUGGAGUCUAUGAAUUUCUCAAAGAAAAAUAUGUUGAUAUGACAGACAACCCUAAGCCAUCGACAGCUGUAUUGCUUCCUAUGUCUAUGACUGCAGGUGCUUUGGGAGGUUUGGUUGGUAAUCCUUCUGAUGUCGUUAACAUCAGAAUGCAAAAUGAUUCAACUUUGCCAGUAGAGCAAAGAAGAAAUUAUAGGAAUGCAUUUGACGGUAUCUACAGAAUUUGCAAAGAGGAAAAUCCUGGCUCCUUAUUCAGAGGGUUGGCUCCCAAUUUGGUUCGUGGAGUCUUGAUGACAGCUUCUCAAGUCGUUACUUAUGACAUAGCUAAGAAUCUCCUUGUGGAUCAUGUUCAUCUUGAUCCGACCAAAAAAUCCACUCAUUUCAGUGCAUCAUUGUUAGCAGGUUUAGUUGCAACAACUGUUUGUUCACCUGCGGAUGUAGUAAAGACAAGAAUUAUGAACGCCAAGGGUACUGAUGGUAAUCCAAUUACAAUUUUGACUUCGGCUGUGAAGAAUGAAGGAGUGGGCUUCAUGUUUAGAGGCUGGUUGCCAUCGUUUAUUAGAUUGGGGCCACAUACAAUUGUUACUUUCUUGGCUCUUGAACAACUAAGAAAAUACAAAUUGGGAAUGUGAAGUAAAGGAGACUUGCCAGUUGUUUAUUUUCAUACAUUGCAUAGGUAUUAUAGAGAAAUAUAUUCAUUUGAGAGACCUU